UUCAGAGCAGUCCAGUUCGCAGCGUUCUGCUGCUCUGCUCUCUGUACUUUGGGUUACAACACGCAUCUUAUAACUUCUGUCAGUUCUCUUUUUGUUUUUCAUUGACAACAAUAGUCUCUGCACGAUGUCCAGUGCGAUGUGCACGAGCAGGAAACUGGAUGUGUGUAUGGAUGCAUAGACGCCGGGAGAAGUGACAGCACCGUGAGAACACCGGGAAGUGGACGUGGCGUGCAGCGCCAGGGUUUCUGCGCCUCGGUCUGCUGCUGUUGGACAGGUGAAGCUGGGGAGCUGAGCUUUAAGGAUGGUUCGGACAUGUGCUCUUAAUUCUCUGGUUUCCGGAGUGCGCUGAGCGGCGAAGCACAUGCAGCCUGGUCUGUCCUCUGGAUUCAGAUAACACAAUCCUGCUUGUUAUUUAAAGUUGUAUUUUAUUUUAUAGGAACCUGGACGUUAGGGAUGCUACAGGAGCACUUUUCCAUCGCUCAGUAACACACAUGUAGCCUAUUUGUUACAUGAGUCUAAAAAGCUCAGCGGAGAAUUACUUUUAUGCAGGAAUCAUUUAUCUGAAACUUCCAGAGAUGAAGGAAAAAUGCAAGAACGCAGCGAAGACGCGAAGAGAGAAAGAGAACGGAGAGUUUUAUGAGCUGGCCAAGCUGCUGCCUCUGCCGGCCGCCAUCACCUCCCAGCUGGACAAGGCCUCCAUCAUCCGCCUGACCAGCAGCUACCUCAAGAUGAGGGCAGUCUUCCCCGACGGUCUGGGUGAAGGAUGGGGUCAGUCAUCAAGGUUCAGUCCUCUGGACAGCAUGGCUAAAGAACUGGGUUCCCACCUUUUACAAACUCUGGAUGGCUUCGUGUUUGUUGUUGCCUCUGAUGGAAAAAUAAUGUACAUCUCUGAAACAGCAUCAGUCCACCUUGGCUUGUCCCAGGUGGAGCUAACGGGAAACAGUAUAUUUGAGUACAUCCACCCAUCAGACCAUGAUGAGAUGACAGCAGUGCUGGGUCUUUGCCAGCCCCCACACCAUCACUUCUCUCCAGAGUAUGAAAUAGAGCGCUCCUUCUUCCUGAGGAUGAAGUGUGUUCUUGCUAAACGGAAUGCAGGACUUACAUGUGGGGGAUACAAGGUUAUCCACUGCAGCGGCUACUUGAAAGUGCGUCAGUACAUGAUGGACAUGACGCUGUAUGAAUCCAGUUAUCAGACUGUGGGUCUGGUGGCAGUCGGUCACUCCCUGCCCCCCAGUGGUAUCACCGAGAUCAAACUCCACAGCAACAUGUUCAUGUUCCGGGCCAGCCUGGACUUAAAACUAAUUUUCUUGGACACAAGGGUGGCAGAGCUGACAGGCUAUGAGCCUCAGGACCUGAUAGAGAAGACUCUCUACCACCACAUCCACGCCUGUGACGUUUUCCAUCUACGCUAUGCUCACCAUUUAUUACUGGUGAAAGGGCAGGUCACCACUAAAUACUACCGCAUGUUAUCAAAGCAUGGAGGAUGGGUGUGGGUGCAGAGUUACGCCACCAUUGUCCACAACAGCCGCUCCUCCAGACCUCACUGUAUUGUCAGUGUGAACUACGUCCUCACUGACACCGAAUGCAGGGAGCUGCAGUUAUCUGAAGACCAGAGUCGAGCCAGUAAGCCUGCUCUCAGUCUUGCUUCCACUCAGGACCCCCGUAAACAACUCAGAACCAAAGCAGUCAAGAUGAAGACCAAACUAAGAGCAGCUCCCUAUCCUGAGCAGCAGGCUGCUGGCCUCCUCCAGCCAGACCGCUCAAACUGCUCCCCACAGAGGGGGGUGUGGAAGGAGAGAUCCCAGUACCCACUGACCCCCUGCAGGGAGAAGAGCUCCAGCUUGAGUCCUGAAGCAGGCCAGGUAUCCUGUGGCCCCACUUACAACCUGACCCUGCACUACCCUUACAAUCACCGGCAUCUGGAUGCUCAGAGCCAGCUGCCCAGCUCAGGUCCGUCCUCUCAGCUGGCUCAGCAGAUCAUUGGCUCCCUGCACAGCAGAGGGUCUGUUGGGUGGAACAUCAGCAGCCCCGCCGCACCCAACAAAUACACAGGCCCCGUGCUGGCAGCUGACCGUAGGUUCCACGAUGAGAUCUACCAUGAUUGUUCCAGCAGCACAAACCCACAUUCUACCAACAGGCUGAAGGAAGAACCCUACGAACAUUACACACUUGUCCACAGCGAGGUGUCUGAGGAUUGUCGACACCCCCGUCCUCAUGCCACCAAGGACAGUAAGCCUUUAAGCCAGGAGGUCCAACAUAAUGCAAGAGGGGUUGAGGUAGCUCGAGGCGACCGAGCCCUUGCCUGUCCUCUGCUCAGCGGCCUGGUGCUGGGUAAAGGUGAGCAGGGUGGCUCGCUGCACAAUGCAGGCCAGCCUCUCCCUGUGCAGAUGGCUCUGGAGCAGAGGAGGAGGCUGUGUAUGAUGGAGGCUCCCUACAGCCACACAGCUGCAGGGUAUCCACAACAUGCUGAUGGGGCUGCUGAGGAGGACAGGAGAAUGUUGAUAGGUAUGGCCCAAGCUCCAUACAUGUCUUUGAACUUUCAUAAGGUCUUGGGUAAACACGGUUCUAUUAAAGCCCCCCCUUUUACCACACUGAGCCACGUAACAGACGGCCAUAGCUCCGGCUCGUCGCCUGAGAGCCACAGAGAGAUCCCACAUUACAUCGGCACUUCCGUUAUCAUCACAAAUGAGAGGUGACCCAGGACAGAAGCUCAGGACAUUCUUAAGCCAUAACUCUGACUGCUUCAAAGACUGCAGCCAGGGUCACUUCAGUUUGAUACAUCUCUUUUGCACUCCUGCAGGAUAGUUUGACACACAACAGGACAUUACAGCUGUAAGCUUCUUAUACAUAUGAUUUGAACCUAGUUUCGUUCUCAAAGAAAAUUAAGUUUUUUUAUUUUAAUAUUUGUACAUGGAAAUAGCUUGUAUAACUUGGUAGAGAAAGAUCUGAAGUAUUAAUAUUGAGUAAGUGUGUGAGGAUCUCCGACUCUGUGCUGGCUCAGAAUACCUUACACAGAAUGUGAGUAUCAGCGAUGAAAGUGGAAAAGAAGUUUUGAAUGAAGAAGGAUGUUUCAUAGUGAUGCCAAGCAUACAUCAAUAAACUUAAAAUCUCUCAAAACCUUGAUCAACUUUUGAUGACUUUUUGAAAAUGAAAGUGCCAUAUCAUUUUGGGCAAACAAACAGUAACAUAUUUGCAGCUCCUGCACUACAGCCAGUGUAGUAUAAAGGAGAUGCAUAUGUAUAUGAUGAGCUGCAUCCACAGCAGAGCAGCUGCAAGCCUCCAGUACAACUCCUAAAAUAAAAGUUCAACAUUAUAUAUGUAUUGCAUAACUUAAAUCACUUAUCAAGCAUGAACACAUUUCAAACAUGGUGCUAUAUAGUGGGCAGACUAGGAAGUGUUCAGUAUUAUGUAAACCUUAAGGCAUAACACUCAACUCUGUGACUGAGAUGGCAAAUAGA